CGGGUGCUGAGCUCGGGUCUAUAAAUAGCAGGUUACAGCUCCUUCUCGGCGCGCACUCGCUCUCACGCGAACGCUGGAAAGUCAGGCUAAAAGUGUCUGCUGCUGCUGCCGCCCCCCGCUCAGCCUCCGGGAGAGAUUUUCAGAAAAAUCAAGAAUACAGAGAAUUCCUGUGUACCUUACACGCUUUCCCCCAUUAACUCAAAGAAAUGGUGUUACCUGGCAGGAGAUCUCCUGUCUUUUAUGAAAAAUCAGACCAAGAGCCCUGAACCCAGCAAAACCGUAGUCAGAGAGGAGAGCUGUUGAGGAAUACAACAUACAUAAGAAUUUCAGUGAGACAUCAAACCCUGAGUGUGAAGAUAGAUCUACCAGAAAUCACUGGCUGGUCAUUGGAGCAGACCACUUGGCAAAUUAAACACUUGUGAAGGACGAUCAUGGAAAUCAAAGAAGAAGGAGCAUCGGAAGAAGGCCAGCAUUUUCUUCCUACAGCCCAGGCAAAUGAAACUGGGGGCACUCAGUUCACAAGUAUUCAGAAGAUUCCAAAUGAACCACAGUUGGAAUUCAUCCUUGCAUGCAAGGAUCUCGUGGCUCCUGUCCGUGAUCGGAAACUGAACACAGUGGUGCAGAUCUCUGUAAUCCACCCCGCGGAGCAGAGUCUGAUAAGAUACUCCAGCACUGAAAUUGUGGAGGGGACAAGAGACCCACUGUUUUUGACUGGUGUCACAUUCCCAUCCGAGUAUCCCAUCUAUGAAGAGACCAAAAUAAAACUAACAGUCUAUGAUGUCAAGGACAAGUCUCAUGACACUGUUCGAACCAGUGUCCUACCUGAACAGAAAGAUCCCCCACCAGAAGUUGGGCGAAGCUUCUUGGGCUUUGCUAGUUUUAAAGUGGCGGAGCUACUGAAGUCAAAGGAGCAGCUGCUGUCCCUCAGCCUGAGAACUUCAGAUGGUGGCAAAGUGGUUGGCACCAUAGAAGUCAGUGUCGUGAAGAUGGGGGAGAUCGAGGAUGGGGAAGCCGACCACAUCACAACAGAUGUGCAGGGACAAAAGUGUGCCCUGGUAUAUGAAUGUACAGCCCCAGAAAGUGUGAGUGGAAAAGAUAACUUACCUUUUUUGAAUGCAGUGUUCAAGAAUCCAGUGUGUAAAUUAUAUAGAUUUCCCACGUCUGACAAUAAGUGGAUGCAGAUCCGGGAGCAGAUGUCAGAGAGCAUACUUUCUUUUCAUAUUCCCAAGGAACUGAUUUCCCUCCACAUAAAAGAAGAUCUGUGUAGAAACCAGGAGCUGAAAGAGCUUGGGGAGCUCUCCCCACACUGGGACAAUCUCCGGAAAAAAGUCCUUACUCACUGUGAUCAAAUGGUGAAUAUGUACCAAGACAUUCUGACAGAGCUUAGCAAGGACGCAGGGUCUUCUUUCAAAUCAAGCAGCAGCAAAGGAGAGAAAACAUUAGAAUUUGUUCCAGUGAAUCUACACCUGCAAAGAAUGCAUGUACACAGCCCUCACUUGAAAGAUGCUCUCUACGAUGUCAUCACAGUGGGAGCCCCAGCUGCCCAUUUUCAGGGAUUUAAGAAUGGUGGUCUUCGGAAACUACUGCAUAGAUUUGAAACAGAAAGAAGAAAUACUGGAUACCAGUUUAUUUACUAUUCACCUGAAAACACAGCCAAAGCAAAAGAAGUUCUCAGCAACAUCAAUCAACUACAACCUCUGAUAGCAACCCAUGCCGACCUGCUGCUUAAUUCUGCAAGCCAGCGUUCUCCAGACAGCUUGAAGAAUUCGUUAAAGAUGCUUUCAGAAAAAACAGAGCUUUUUGUACAUGCUUUCAAGGAUCAGCUGGUGAGGAGUGCGCUUUUAGCACUCUAUACAGCAAGGCCAGGAGGAAUCCUUACGAAACCACCCUCUCCUAGGAGCAAAGCAGAGGAGAGCUGUUCCGAGGACCAACCCCCACGGAUGAAAAGGCAGGACUCCAUACCGCAUCAUUCAGACUAUGACGAGGAAGAGUGGGAUAGGGUGUGGGCCAACGUGGGGAAGAGCCUGAACUGCAUUAUUGCUAUGGUAGAUAAACUGAUUGAGAGAGAUGGCGGUAGCGAAGGCUGCAGCGGAGGCAGCAAAGAUGGAGAAAAGGACCCUUCGCUAGUGGACUCCAUCACAUCUCACCCAAGGGAGGACUGGUAUGAGCAGUUGAGCCCCCUCGUCCUGACCCUGAAGGACUGCAUGGGAGAAGUGGUGAGCAGAGCCAAGCAGUCGCUGACCUUCGUGCUGCUCCAGGAGCUCGCCUGCAGCUUGCCCCAGUGCCUGACACUCACUCUACGCAGAGACAUCGUCUUCAGCCAAGCACUUGCUGGAUUGGUUUGUGGUUUUAUCAUCAAAUUACACACGAGUUUGCACGACCCCAACUUCUUGCAGCAGCUUCAUACAGUGGGAUUGAUAGUACAAUAUGAAGGACUGCUGAGCACAUACAGUGAUGAAAUUGGAAUGCUAGAGGACAUGGCUGUUGGCAUUUCCGACUUGAAGAAAGUAGCAUUUAAAAUAAUAGAAGCCAAAUCCAAUGAUGUCUUGCCAGUUAUAACAGGAAGACGUGAACACUAUGUGGUAGAGGUCAAGCUUCCAACUGCGAUGUUUGAGUUGCUACCUGCACAGAUUAAAGAAGGACAGUUACUCCGUGUGCAUCCAGUACUUUUUAAUGUUGGGAUCAAUGAACAACAAACUCUUGCUGAGAGGUUUGGAGAUGUCUCUUUGCAAGAAAGUAUUAACCAUGAAAAUUUUGAACUUCUGAAAGAAUAUUACACAACAUUUAUGGAAAAGAUGCCUCCUGAUUACAUUUCACAUUUUCAAGAACAAACUGAUUUAAAAGGAUUACUAGAAAACCUUCACCAAAAUAUCCAAGCCAAAAAAAGGAAGAAUGUUGAAAUUGUGUGGCUGGCUGCAACGAUUUGUCGCAAGCUAAAUGGUAUUCGUUUCACCUGCUGCAAGAGUGCCAAAGACAGGACGUCAAUGUCAGUGACGCUGGAGCAGUGCUCCAUCUUGAGGGAUGAGCACCAGCUGCACAAGGACUUCUUCAUCCGUGCUCUGGACUGCAUGAGAAGAGAAGGAUGCCGCAUAGAGAAUGUUCUGAAGAACAUCAAAUGCAGGAAGUAUGCUUUCAACAUGCUGCAGCUGAUGGCUUUCCCCAAGCACUACAGACCUCCAGAGGGCACUUACGGAAAAGCUGACACCUAAGGGUGCCAACAUGUAAAUAAACAGCAACACAAACACGCUCAGUUGGAUGAUCUCCACCUUGAUCUUUUAUUAUUAUUAUUAUUAUUGUUAUGAAUUUGUGGGGGGAAGUGAUCGUGGAUAUUUGCCCAAAUCUAGGAAUUACUUGAAUACCUAUCAGCAUAUGACUCUGAAAGAAAUCCAUUCUAAAAUUCCUAGAUAACACUGCCAUUUCUAGUUGCUGACCCUCACAAAGUGGUGGAUAUUAAUUCAAAAAGUGUAAAUUUCAUUCAUGGAUUAUUUAAAUGCAGAGUGUCUUAGAAAAAAGCGCUUGCUUGGAUACAACCAGAGAUGAUUCAGAGUGAUGUUCUCUACCCAGAAUGAAGAGAGGAGAAGGUAAAGGGGGAGAGAGUUCAAGUAUGCCACUUCAUAGCCCUGAUUGCAGACAACCUUAGAGUCCCCUUAGGGAGUUAUUAAAGAUCUUUCUAGCAAAUUGAAAUCAGAUAAAGUUAACUCAUGACCCUGACUACUAAAAUGGUGUGCAGAUGUGUUUGUAAAGACCUUUGUCAUCCAGUCAAGAUGUGACUCCUGUUCUAACCAGGUGGAUGAGCAGUGUUAGCACAGCAGAACACACACCUUUCCAAAAUGUGGCAUCUUUUCAAAACUCCUGCUUGUGUUGGGUGACCCAGCCAUAGCAGUGGGGAUACAGAAAACUUAACAACAGGCAAAAUCUUGCAAGGGACUGAAAGAGCCUGUUGAUACCCAACCUGAAAAUCCCCAUCAGUUGAACUUUAUGUAGUAAAGUUCAUGAACUUCACAAGAAAUAUCUUUGAGAUGCUUUCUAGCAGCCACCUUGGUGGGAGUGUGCAUUCUGGCAUAGGUUAACGUGGGCGGAUAAACCUUCAAGGCAUGUGUAACUAUAACUAAUGAGAAACUAACAAUAGUUUUCUGUUUAUCUGAUUUCAAAUUUUUUAAUUUGAAAUUUUUGUUUUCUGAAUUCCAAAUUAGAACUUUCCUUAGAGAUCAAUUAUCUUCUAUAAUACCAAUAUUUGAAAAAUUGGUAAAUUAAGAAUAACCAUUAACUAGAGAAUUACAGAAUCAUAAUUAUAGUCUCUUCUUACCAAUAGUAUUAUUCUUAACUUCCUAGCCUAUGGCUUGUUCCUUCUCCAAAUUUCUAUGCUAAAUAUACAACAAAAUUGAGAGAGAAUGCUAUGCUAGUUAAUUCACAUAGAAAUUAGGAUCUAUCAUUGCAAUGGUACAAAAACUUGAACAAAUGAAGUUUAUUUUCUCCAAAUUUUAAGAAUUACUUUUUUCCUUUCUUGACAGUGGAGCAUGCCACCCAGAGCAGGGAUCUUCUUUGGAAUCUCUGGGGUCUUAUAACAUAGACACUUCUCAGCUCUGACCACAUUCAGCUGGUGAUAAUGUGGAGCCUUCCAUGGCUAAUGUGAUAACUCCUUGCCAGAGUAAUGUGAUAACUCCUUGCCAAGUUGAAACUAAGAUUUCAAACAAAUCUCCAGUCCCACAUUGCAUUUCUCAAAUUGCUAUAAGGAUAAGAUAACUUUUGAGGCUUCUAACACUCAAAUCGUCAAUUUAUUAUUUUAGCUGGUGACCAAAGGGUGUUACUGAAGCAGUUGCCACAGGGUUUACAGGCAUUUUAAUGAAGAUGUGCUGCAUACUCUGGAUACUCUGCCUACUGCAUACUAUUUAUGGAUAACAUUAUCCUGGGACUCUGUCCUACCUCAUUCUCUAUUUCAGUGAUUAUUAAAUGUGAUCUUUGAAUUGUUUGAAUGGAUUUAAAAAUGAUAGGAUUCAUGGUUCUUUUUUUCCCCCCAUCCCUUUGGAUUUAAGAUAAAGAUGUUCAGAUGACAGAGUUCUCCUUGGAUAGCUCUGAAGCUUCAUUUAGUACAUCAAAAUGGUAGUCAGAGUCCUAAGAGACCUUACAUAUGUAUCAGCCCAUUGAUGUUUAUAGGCAAUAAUUAUUUAUAUUUUUUAAAAUAAAACCUCUUGACUCAAAUUUUUUUUUAAAUUUAUUAACUAGAAAGCCAGCCAUAAAGUUUUAUAUAUUUAGAAGUCAUUUAAUAGAUUUUUAAAUUAAAUUCCAACAUACACAUUGCAAAGGAUAGAGUUUGAUGUAAUGUUAAUGCAUAUAAAUUUUCAUUUGUCAUUAGCAUAAUCAUCAGCAUAUCCUGAUUUAAAAAAACAUAUUUAUAUGUACAUCUAAAAGUGGAUUUCACCAAAAAAAUUCUUGUUUCAGAAACAUUCCUGCUCCUUUCCAGGUAGUGCAAAUAUCCUUGGGAAACUACUUAACUAUGAAAGCUUUCUGAAUUGAAUGUUAAACAAAACAUGUUUUUCAGUCUCCCUUGAACACAUACAGUAACAUCAUGAUUUUCUAUCUAUAUUUUCAUUUAAAAGUUAUACAACAUGUCUAUUUGAGGGGAUCAUAUUGUCUCAAAAAUGAGCCCCCAAAUCACAUUUACAAACAACAGUUAUUUUGCUAAAAAAUGUGUUCCCCUUCAACUGUUAUUAAAAAUAGGUGUCAAUACUGGAUUGUCCAUUUAUAGAGCCCUAGAGAAAAAAAAGGCACAAUCUUAAUUAUUGUUGUCCCAGUGACAAAAAUUCAGAAUCUGGAAAUGUUCCCCAAAACAAUUAAACACAAAUUUUUGAAAUAUUUGAUUGAAGCAGACUCUCACUUUGGUAUACCCAUUCAUGUCACUUCUCAUAUGGCUAAUUUUUUUCUCAUGAAUAUUUCCUUGAGUUUUAUCUAUACACUCCAUUUGUUGCAUGGAGCUUAGUAAGUCCCAUAAUCCAAUGGAUCACAGCAAGCACCUGAUCCAGGUGAUGAAUUAUACUAAAAUGACCACCUCUCUGUUAGGGCAGUAUUCCAUGUCAUUAGCCUCCAAUCAUUUAUUAAACCACAACACAUCUCUAACACCUCUUCUGAAAAAAUGUGAAUCCCUAAAAUUACCAUUUGAUGGGGGAUACUUCUCCCAUUUUUUCUCUCUUUAAUGCAAUAUUUUGCAUAAAAUAAGGCUCAUGGUAGAAAAGGAAAAGAAAAUGUGCUUUUUUUUUUGUUUGUUUGUUUUGUCCCAAGGAAAUCAAAUUUCUCCCUAUUAAAGGGUCAAAUUAUGCCAGGAGAUAAGAUCCCAUUGUUGUGCUUUGCUGGAGCUGGCUUUUGUUGGCUCAUGAGAGUCAAUUAUUAAAUUUUCAGAAAUUAUGUAAGCUGAUUGCUAAACACAAUCAUAAUUAAAUAUUAAAUUAUGAGAUACAAUUGGAUCCAUUUUACCAAAAAGUGAAGGUGAUUAUUGAAGCCUGCCACUUGCUAAUUAUUUUACUAAAUUUUGCUACUUACCUAUAUGCUUGAGCUUAGUUAGGUCUAUUGUAUCUUUAUCUUUGAAGUGCUAUAUAGUAUUAUGCUACUGUGAAUCUCCACCUGACUCCAAAUUCAGGAGCACCAUAUUGGUAUUGGUAUCUGAAAAUCUGCCACCGUGGGAAUAUUUACACCACAAGAACUGGCAAAUGCUACACACUAAGAUGCUUAGUGCCUGAAAUGUCACUUGUCAAAUGUGUACCAGCACUCAGCUGAAAGCCACCACCAUUUUUUACCCAGAGAGGAACAUAUUUUGGGGAGCAGGAUAAAAUUAUUAAAAUAAUAUUAAUUAUUAAAAUUAUUAACUUAGUCAUUUCAGAUGGCUUCAAUUUUGUUUUGGUGUGUAACCUCUUUAAAGAUUCCUAUUAGGCUAUAAUUAAUAUUUAAUAGUUAUAUUUUAUUUAUAAUUAAAAUUAUUAUUAUAGAGUUGAAUUUAUAAACCCAUCUCUCAAUAAUGUGCUGCAAGAGGAAUCUUAGCAAUGCAACUUCAGUGUAAGCAGUAACUCAGGACUCAUUUCAGGAAAAUGUUAGCCUAAUCAGAGUAUCAUUGAAAAUGUGCUUCAGUAUCAAUUUUUAAACUUAUAAUUUUGGCAUUUGCUAAAAGUAGGAAAAAACAGUAACAUAUUACUUUGCCCAGAUUCUAAUAAAUAUAGCUCAAUUGAAACCCAAACUGUUAGAUUAAACAAAUUAAACUCUGGCAGAAUGCUAAAGCACCACAGAUGUUUUAAGUGUUGAUUUCCAAGCAGAAUGGAAUAUCAUUUUAGUUCAAUAUACAGGGCAUGUUUUCUAAUAUUUUAGGAAAUAAAUUAACUUUUAUCACAGAUUUAAGAAACUGGUCUGAGAAGAAUUGUGAGCAGUUAUCAAGGGAAGCAAACAUAUUGAACACAAAGCAUCUCUAAUAGCUGGAAGCUUUACAAAUUAUGCACUAAGAAUAAUUUGCUAGGAAUUUGUGUAGUUGAUUGAUGAUUUUCGCAUAAAUUCACAUUCAUUUCACCCAGCUGCAAUCUGUGUAAGCUAUGUAUUUUCCCCCCAUAUUUAAAUUUCUUAGCUUUGUAAACUCCAAAUAUAUGACAUCUUUUAUUUCUUUGGCAGUUUGAAGUUAGAACUUUGCAUCCAUAGUGAUGCUACCCAUAGCAAAAACUGCCUUUAAAAAUAAGAAAAUAAAAUCAAUGUUUUAGAUAAAAUAUGGCAGUCCAAGCAUGGAGUUAAGGAAUACAAAAUUGUAUUUUUUUUCUUUCUGAUACAUGGUGCACAUUUAUCACUCUUUGAAUUUUAUUUCUAAGUAAAUAAAGCAGACUCUAAAACAUUUCUUGUUUAGAAGAAACAAACCAUAACUAGCAAUUUGUAACAAAGGUAGAGGGAAAAAAAAAUGUAGGGUAAUGUUAACCCCCAAAAGGUACGUGCAAUCAGGUUUCCUGAGCUUGAAUUCUUAUUCAAGCAUGUAUACUAAGAAUUUUGAAUUGAAAAAAGAAAAACAAGAUCAAAAUUAAACCUAGUACCAGAGAGAGUGAAUAUUAAAGAAAAAAGACCGAAUACAAAUGGCAUUGCCUGAUAAACCAUACGUAGGUAGGGCAAAUGCUUAUAAAAUACAUCUUUUAGUAAAUACAGUUCAGGAUGAAGGUGUUGCUCUUUUACACUCAUUUUACAAUAACAUUCACAAUAUUCCUAAAAUCAUCAAAAUUUUUCCCCCUUCAUAACAGGGCAUGAUCCAACAGCCUAUCUUUAAUGAUGACUUAGCAUGGUAUUGAUCACUAGCAGGCAUUAGUGGUAAAAUUUUCCCAAGAUUGCUAUGCUCUCUAUAUAACUCUUACUAUGUUUUUAUAUUGUCAUUAAGUAAAAUGUCAUGUUAAAGAGCUCUCACUCUUAAAAAAGGCAAAGUGCCUAUGUCUAUACUAUAUAGACUCACUUCAACGCACACAUAAUAGCCUCUUGUACAAGUAACUUUUUAUGUGAAUAUUUUAUUAUUUUAUGUAACCCAACACUGAAUUUUCAGAUUCUUGUGGUACUCAUCAGGAAGGUUGGCAUUUGUUUUCUUUUUGUGCUAAAUAUCUAUACUUUUAGGUGAACCAAUAAUCUGUAUUAUAGGAAAUGAGCCACACCUAGAUUAGAACAUUUUAUGUUGGCAUUUGUAGAAAUAUCAUUUUUGUUUUAUUGUUGUGUGUAAACCAUAUUCAUUGUACACUGUGUGUAUAUUUUUGUUUAAAUAAAUAUGAUUUUAUUUUUUA